AUGGCAGAAACGUCUAGCGAUAUACCCAUUUCAGAGCCCAACGAGGUUACGGCUUUGCUAGCUCCAGAUUUAGAGGGAGUGGAAGCCGUAGUUGAACGUUUAGGAGAGUCUCUCUUGGGAGAAGCUGCUGCUGAAGAAGCAGAUGAAGUUCGAUGGCUGAGGCAAGUCAGGGCUGAAAACUCGCAUCUGGGGUGGCGGAAACCUGGUGUUGGUAUUCUGUGCUUUGUAUUAGGGCUUAUUACUCUAACGCACAGUAUCAUACUAUCACCAACAAUCGUUCUGUCCCUGAAUAAGGUUUGCAGGGCCAAAGGUGUUGAUGGGGCCUGUGAUAUGUCAAGCGCACAAGCAGAGUUCUCAGACAUCCAAACAGGGAUAGCUAUCAUUUGCGGUAUUGUUGGCACACUUCUGGCCGGGAAGUUGGGCGAGCUCUCGGACAGGUUUGGCAGGAAACCAAUUCUCAUUUACAUUGGCAUGGUGAGACUUCUCACUUGUUCUGCCAUAUUUUGCACGGUUAUACCACAGACGCCAUAUAGUAAGACGUUGAUGAUCUUCGCUAACAGUUUGGAAUCAUUACAUGGCGGGAUACUGGUCAUUGUUGCCACGGGGAACAGCUAUGCCGCAGAUUGCACUGAGGCCCACAAUCGCACCCUUGCAAUCAGUAUGCUAAUGAGCACAUUUUAUGGAGCGAUGGGGCUGGGUCCCUUAAUUGGCUCCUCCUUGGUAAAAAUAUUCAAGGGCAACAGCUUUGUGCCAUUCUUUCUAGCGUUUGGCGGAUCGAUUGUCUACUUGAUAUUUGUUAGCUUCGUUUUGACCGAGUCGCGCCACGGAGAUGCACUAAAACACAGCCAAAAUCACUUUCUACAUCGCAAGCGCAGUAUCAGUUCCAUUGCCUCAAACGGCUCCUCUUCUUACCUCAACAACCGCGGUAAAUACCAUUUGUUGCAGUUUUUGGACCUGUUGUCACCGCUAAAGAAAUUGUGGCUACCUCCUUCUGUUCAUGGCUCAUUUGUGGGCCGUUAUACCGUAGUCGCACUAGUAUCGAUGGAUGUGCUGUUUAUCGCUUCCACUACGGCCGCAGCUGCCCCUAUCCUCAUGUAUGGAACCUUCCGCUACCACUGGGAUUCCGUGGACCUGGGCUAUUUCAUCACGCUACUUUGCCUGGGUAGGGCCUUUGUACUACUUCUGAUCGCACCCCUGUCGCUAUCUUGGCUGAAGAAAUACUACCCAACACUCAAGAACUCCAUCGAUGCCGUUGACAUGAUUUCCCUCCGUGUGGCAAUGGGUGCGGUGGUUUUAUCCUUCCUGGCCGCUGUCCGAGGUGAUUCUAAGGGCUACUCGAUGAUCAUCUACGCCAUGAUGCAAAAUCUAAGCGCACUAUUUUCACCCACCGUACAGUCCACCGUUGCCAAAUACUGCUCCCAAAGCUCCGUUGGCGAAGUUUUUGGAGCCAUGGCUCUAAUAAGAAGCUUAGCCAUGCUAGUGUUUCCGGUGCUCAUUUUGCAAAUCUAUGGCCACACCGUGAAUAAGCAGCCCAGAGCGUUCCUCUUAGUUCCACUCUGCUCGGCCCUAAUCGCGCUGGCAAUUUCAUUUACUAUCAAGAUCGUGACAGACUCCGAACUACUACGCAGGCCAUCUCAAGUAUCUAUCAAGGGAUCCUCUGAUAGAUCUGAUGUAUCCUCUUCUCAGCCUGUUGAGAGAAGAGCCUCUACGUCUAAGUCGCUGAGGGUACCUCCUUCUAGAAACUAG